CUGCUUGCAUUUCUUUAUUUAAAUCGGUAAAUAAUGGUAAUACAAAAUCUAAAAAUUCCAAAAAUAAUAUCGUAGUAGGAUCUUGGAGCUUCUGUAAUAUAUGUUCUGCAGCUAAAAGAUGAUCAUUGCUAGAUAUUUGGUCUAUAAGAAAUAGUUUAAGGGCCGCCGUACACGGACUGCUCGAGCAGUUAGCGGCUGAGUGAAAUACACGGACCGCUCGAGCGGUCGGCGUCGACUGCUUGAGCUGUCGGUUGUUGACUGCUCGAGCUACGACCCAACUGCUCGAGCAGUUGAUUUUCUACCACAGUCGAGUCAUGGAUUCUGACGAGGAAGCACUGCUUUUGCUGCUCCUGCUCAGGCGGAGACGACGGCGGCGACGUCAAAAGAGAAAAUUUUGGGUUCAUCCAAUUUUGCAAUUAAGAGAACAACGUGGACAAUUCCAUCAUUUGUUUAUGGAACUUAGAAGUGAUGAAGAAAAAUUUUUCAACUAUUUUAGAAUGUCAAUGUCUUCGUUUGAUGAAUUGUAUAAUAUACUAAAGUCUCACAUUAAACGUGAAGACACAAUUAUGAGGAGAAGUAUCCAACCUGAAGAAAGACUAGCAGUAACAUUGAGGUAUUUGGCAACUGGAUGUACAUUUAUGGAUUUGCAAUAUAGUUUUAGAAUAGCAUCAACAACAAUAGGUAAGAUAGUGAGGGAUGUUUGCAGAAAUAUAUGGAUACAUAUGAAGGAUAUGUGUAUGGAACAACUAACUGAAGAUAAAUGGAAAGACAUAAUAAAUGGUUUCAAAAAAAAUGCUAAGUUUCCGAACUGCCUCGGUGCCGUUGAUGGCAAACAUAUUAGAAUAAUACAACCCGCACAAAGUGGAUCGUCAUAUUAUAACUAUAAAAAAUAUUUUUCGAUAAUACUUCUAGCAGUAUGUGAUAGUAAUUAUAUGUUCACUUUCGUGGAUAUAGGCUCAUAUGGGAGGCACGCUGACUCGACUAUUUUCGAAGAGAGUUGUCUAUAUAAAAUGUUACAAGAAAAAAAGUUAAAUAUACCUCCACCUUCUGCAAUAUCACAAAAUGGACCGUUAUUACCGAAUGUGUUUAUUGGGGAUGAAGCGUUUAGCUGGCAGGAAAAUUUAAUGCGUCCAUAUGGUGGCAAGAAUUUACCAGAGAAAAAAAAAAUUUUAACUAUCGGUUAUCACGUGCGAGGCGAUAUAUUGAAUGCACGUUUGGCAUAUUUGCUAAUAAAUGGCGGAUCUUUCAUAGACCACUUAACGUCAAUGUUGAUUUCGCAGUGGAUAUAGUAAAAUCAUCGUGUGUUCUUCACAACUACGUAAAACAACGA